GCCCCCGAGAAACAGAAAGAGGGCUUGCGCGCAAAACAUCCUGUCGCUAGAUCUCGACCGCAGGAGCAGGAUCGAUGGAGAGGGCGUCUUCCUCCUCGACCGCGGCCCCUUGGCCGAGCGAUUCGGGGUGGACGACGACGGGACGCUGCCCCCUCUGCGGCUGGGAGGAGAGCGGGGUCACCGUCGCCCUCAUCUUCGAGCACGCGUCGCGCUGCCGGGAGAGGCGAUUCGAGAUGCUGCAGCGCCAGGCGGAGGAGCGGAUUGCCGGUGAGCAAGCAAAGAAAGGUCGCCGCCAUGCGCAUAUCAAGCUUCGGAAGAACUAGUGUGCUGGCGCGUCAACGAGGAGGAUCGACCCAACACCGGAGUGGAAGAGUUCCAGAGGACCGACUGCAUGAGUAGUUUAGGUUUUAUAUUAGCCCUGUCCCGUAGGACUUUGUUGAACUCACGUAGAGUUUUAGCAAAAUUGGCUUAGGAAGCCAUAUACUAGAACAAAAAAUGCAGAUUUUACUGCACAUAUGCCACUAUACUGUAAUAAUUGAUGCCCAUAAAAGAUGGCAUUUUCUGUUAGAUGUUCCUUUAAUUUCCUUUUCUUCCAUCCGGUGCUUAUUUCUGCAAUAGGGGAACCUCUCUGCGUUCUUUUUGCGAAUGGAAUUGAGCUAGUAAAUGUUGGGUCUUUUCAGACUUCAUCUUUGUUUCUUUUUUGGAUUUAUUGUGAGUGAUUGACUCAAGGGUUUGACAGAGGUAUUUUCCGCUCUCUGAGGAUCUCUGCCACCGCAAUGGCAGCGGCAGGGAUGACAGACAGUACAGGAGGGAGAACCUGCAGUACAGGCCUAAGAGUAAGCCAUCCUCUGUGUCUGCUUCUGAUGUUGAUCAGAAGUCUGAAGGGAAGGUGGAGCCUGCUGCUGAGGAAAAGCAGGUGGAAGCCCCUGCUCAGAAUGUUGUUGAAGCCGUCCCUGCCUCUGAAUCUGACAAGUCUACAGGGUAUCUUCCACCGAGCCUUGACCUUUUAUUUUCUGUUGGUUAUUGUACAAGUUUUCCUUGCUUUGUUGUGAAACGUAACCAUUAUCCUUCAAGUUAACCUCAUUGAUGUUUGAAACUGAUACAAGGAUGUGCAAAAAGAUGAUUCUAAGAAGAGGGAGAGGGUGCCGAAAGGAAGCCAGGGGGAGAAGGUGCUGAUAAUGAGGGAGCCUAGAAGAAGGAUAAGACCAAUAAGACCAAGUGUCUCAGUGCUCUGUCAAGAGGGAGCUGAAGAAGCAAAAGCCUAAGAAGGAAGACUCUGAUGGGGAUGCUCCUAAUGAGACUGCUCAGGAAGAGCAGGAGGCUCCCAUUGAACAAGAGAAAAUUGUGAUUGCCCUUGAAGAAUAUGAGAAGAUGCAAGAAAAGAAGAAGUCCCAGGAGGCCUCUAAACCUGAGGAGAGGAGGGCUGCUGCUGUAGAUUUUGAGGGUCUCCAGCUCUUAGAGAAGAAGAAGAUUGAGCAUGAUGCUAAAUUGAAGGCGGAAAAUGUUCGCAAGGCAAAGGAGGCUGCUGCAAAGGAAGCCAAGCCUCUCAAGGCUAUCAGCAUCCAGGAGUACCUGAAGCCAGAGGAUGGUUCAGAGUACGUGCCUCCUACCCCACCGAGGCGCCCUCAAAAUGGCGGCUACAGGGGAGGCCGUGGCAACGGUGCUUACAAUGGCUGUAGCAACCGUGACAGCAGCUCUGAGUGCCGGGUCUACAACGCUGGCCGCGGCCAUAACUCCAUCGUGUUCCACAACGCCGAGGCCAAGGCCAACGCCAACGACAGUGGCGCCCCAAGGAGGGGUGAGGGUUACAAUGGCGAGCGCCGGCAAGGCGGCUACCACUUACCAGCAAGGUGGGUACAAUAGCGGCAGGGGCAGCGGCAGGUACCAGGAGCGCCAGGAUGGGUACAAUGGCGAGCGCUGGGAUCAGCAGGGUGGGUACUACCAGGAGCGCAGGGAUGCCUGCAAUGGCGACCGCCGGGAGCAAGGCAGGUACAAUGGUGGUGGCCGGGGCAAUGGUGGUUACCAGGAGCGCAGGGAUGCCUACAAUGGCAACCGCCAGGAGCAAGGCCGGUACAAUGGUGGCCGGAGCAACGGUUACCAGCAGCACCAGGAUGGCUACAAUGGUUACCGGGGUGGGUACUACAACAGUGGGCGGGGCAAUGGCGGAUACCACCAGGGCGGCAACUACCGGCAGAGGCAAGCUCCCAAGCCAAAGGAGGAGGAUAAAGUGGUGAUCACAGAGGCCGACUUCCCAGCUCUAGGUGGCGCAUCUCAGGCGCAGUCCCAGGCCUAGAUAGGUCUUUGUUUCUUUCUUAUUAUUAAGAGGGAGAGGAGAUUUAGAGGAAAGAAGAGGAGACAGUUUUGUAACAGAGCUACUACGUGGUAUCAUGUGUUGCCCUGGGUUUAUUAUAAGCUUUGGUGUUAGUUUA